GAAAAUUAGAUUUUGGAACCCCGGAGCCGAAAUAGCUAAGUCUCCUUUACCUUUCAUUUUCUUCCGCCUCACCAAAACCUCGUUGUUUCUACCAAAUCUAUCUCCUGUAAUAACCAGACCUACCGCACUGUUAAUCUUCCUCCUCUACUCUUGCUCCAAUGACGAUUCAAUCCACGUCACCACUCUUCGCUUCCUUUCUCAUCUUCCUCCCUCGUCUUUUACUAACCUCACUGACAUCUCCCGAAUCUUGUAUAACUUGUCUUCCUUUCUACUCUUAAGUCACACGCGCAGUCCUUUUAAUCUGAAAAGUCGUCCCUCUGUGUUGCUGGGUGAUGUUGAUGUACGUGUGAUCUCUGUUGGGUGGUUAAUUGUUUUUUUUUUUUUACGGAGCUUUUAUCAGCUGUUCAGUGUCUAUCUGUGCGGGAAUGUAAAUGGGUUCUCUGGAGAGUGGAGUUCCGUUGAAGAGAGACUAUCUUAAUCGCUCUUCUUCUACUGGAAGAAACGAGAGGCACUCUUUUCUGCAGAGACCGAGAUCGAGAUUUUCAAAGUUUUUGCUUUUCAAGAAGCUGGAUUACCUCCAAUGGAUAUGCACUGUAGCCGUCUUCCUCUUUUUUGUGGUCGUUUUCCAGAUGUUCUUACCUGGGUCAGUGAUGGAUAAAUCAGCAGAGUCAUGGGGAAGAAUGGAGAUGGUAUCUGAGGAUUUGAUGUAUCUAAAGGAAAUGGGUAUUUUGGAUUUUGGUAGUGAUAUUAAAUUUGAACCUUCAAAGAUUUUAGGGAAAAUCCAGGGAGAAGUCAGAAGGACUAACUUGACAUCUAAUUUCAAUCGAACACGACAACAUUUUGGUUAUAGAAAACCCCAGUUGGCAUUGGUGUUUGCUGAUCUAUUAGUAGAUCCACAUCAACUGCUAAUGGUGACUGUUGCUAAUGCACUGCGAGAGAUAGGUUAUGCAUUUGAGGUUUACUCACUUGAUGAUGGUCCUGUCCAUGGUGUUUGGCAAAACAUAGGAGUUCCAGUCACUAUUCUUCCAAGGAAUCGUAAGGAGAUUGUUGUUGAUUGGCUAAACUAUGAUGGCAUACUUGUGAACUCUCUUGAAGCCAAGAGUAUCUUUCCUAAUCUAAUGCAGGAACCUUUCAAAUCUUUGCCCCUUAUAUGGAUCAUCCAUGAAGGAGCACUUGGUACUCUUUCAAGAGAAUACAAUUCCAGUGGGCAGAUUGAGAUCCUGAAUGAUUGGAAAAAGGUUUUCAGUCGUGCUUCUGUUGUUGUCUUCCCAAACCAUUUUCUGCCGAUGAUUUACUCUCUGUUUGAUACUGGUAACUAUUAUGUUAUUCCUGGUUCUCCUGCUGAAGCAUGGAAAGCAGAGGCUUUAAAGGUGUUGGACAAAGAUGAUCUACGUCUCAAGAUGGGAUAUCGUGCUGAUGAUCUUAUUAUAGUAAUGGUUGGAAGUCAGUUUAUGUAUAGGGGUAUGUGGUUGGAGCAUGCCCUUGUUUUACAGGCUUUGUUGCCAUUACUUGCAGACUUUCCUGCUGAUGGUAAUGCAAAUUCCCAUUUGAAAGUAAUAGUUUUAACUGGGGAUUCAACCAGUAAUUACAGCAUGGCUGUUGAGGCUAUUGCUCAUAAGUUAAGAUAUCCUAGAGGCACUGUACAGCACAUAGCCAUUGAUGGAGAUCUUGAUUGGGUACUUACUGUUGCUGAUAUUGUGAUCUACGGAUCCUUUCUUGAGGAGCAAACGUUUCCAGAUAUUUUGGCAAGAGUUAUGUGCUUUGAGAAACCAAUUAUUGCGCCAGAUCUCUCUGUUAUCAAGAAACAUGUUGAUGACAGGGUGAAUGGAUAUCUUUUCCCCAAGGAUAAUAUUAGGUUUCUGAGACAGAUAAUAUUGGAAGUUAUCCCAAGUGGUAAACUGUCUCCUCUGGCUCGCAAUAUUGCCUCAAUAGCAAGAGAGACUUCUAAAAACCUGAUGGUUCAGGAAACUGUUGAAGGUUAUGCUUUGCUACUUGAAAAUGUUCUCAAGUUUUCAUCAGAAGUUGCAUUCCCCAAGACUGUUAAAGAUCUUUCUCCCAAAUUGAGAACAGAAUGGCACUGGCAUCUAUUUGAAGUUUUCUCAAAUUUGACUUAUGAAGACAGAGAGUUAAGAAGUUACAGAUUUUUAAAGAAGAUCGAGGAGGAGCAGAAUCAUACACAAGAAGAGAGCUCAAGUUCUACUACUGCUACUCACGAUUCAUUUUUAUAUGAUAUUUGGGAGGAAGAGAAAUAUAUCAGGAUGGUCAAUACUAGAAAGAGAAGAGAAGAGGAAGAGUUAAGAGAUAGAAGUGAUCAGCCUCAUGGAACAUGGGAAGAGGUAUAUCGAAAUGCCAAAAGGGCUGAUCGGUUGAAAAAUGAUUUGCAUGAAAGGGAUGAAGGGGAGCUUGAAAGAACAGGUCAACCAUUAUGCAUCUAUGAACCAUAUUUUGGAGAAGGAGCAUGGUCUUUUCUGCAUCGCAAUUCACUUUAUCGAGGAAUCGGGCUGUCCACCAAAGGUCGAAGACCCAAGACUGAUGAUGUUGACGCGCCAUCUCGUUUGCCAAUUCUUAAUAACCCUUACUACCGAGACAUUCUUGGUGAAUAUGGAGCCUUUUUUGCAAUUUCAAAUAGGAUUGACCGUUUACACAAGAAUGCUUGGAUAGGGUUUCAGUUUUGGAGAGCAACAGCUAGGAAGGCAUCAUUGUCAAUGGUUGCUGAAAAAGCAUUACUAGAUGCUAUUCAAACACGUAGGAAUGGAGAUGCACUUUAUUUUUGGGUUCGCAUGGACAUGGAUCCUAGAAACGUCGCACAACAAGAUUUCUGGUCUUUUUGUGAUGCCAUUAAUGCUGGAAAUUGCAAGUCUGCUUUUCUUGAGGCCCUUAAGAGGAUGUACCACGUAAAACAUUUGGAUUCUUUGCCGCCAAUGCCUGAAGAUGGAGACACAUGGUCUGCCAUGCAAAGUUGGGCUUUGCCAACUAGAUCCUUCUUAUAGUUUGUUAUGUUUUCGAGGAUGUUUGUGGAUGCAUUAGAUGCACAAAUGUACGACGAGCACCGUCAAAGUGGACGGUGCUAUCUCAGUUUCUCCAAAGACAAACAUUGUUAUUCACACAUGCUUGAGCUUCUUGUAAAUGUCUGGGCUUAUCACAGUGCAAGACGAAUGGUGUAUGUGAACCCUGAGACAGGCAUGAUGCAGGAACAGCACAAGUUCAAGAACCGAAGAGGUAAAAUGUGGGUUAAAUGGUUCUCAUUCCCCACCCUAAAGAGCAUGGAUGAGGACCUUGCCGAAGAGGCUGAUUCCGAUCGCCCAACAAGACACUGGUUAUGGCCAUCAACCGGAGAGGUGGUUUGGCAAGGAGUAUUCGAGAGGGAAAGACAUCUCCGCAAUCAGCAGAAAGAGAGGAAGAAACAACAGAGUAAGGAUAAACAGUCGAGAAUAAAGAGGCGGAAUCGACAAAAAGUGAUAGGCAAGUAUGUGAAACCUCCAGUAGAGGAUCUAGAGAGUUUGAACUCAACAGUGGCAGUACAAAAUUAAAUUCCAGAGAUUUUUGACAUCCUCCAAGGUGGGGUUCUAAUUUUAUAUAAUUCUUUUAUUUUUAAUUUGAUUACCGCUGCUGGUUUUAGUCAGGAAGGAUUGUCAUGUAAGAGGGUUUUUGUAUGUAAUUAAUUGCAACCCUCUGGUCCCUGCUGUCAAUUCUGGGCGCUCUGUAUGCUGGUAUUUAUUAUUUGUAAUUUCCCCCUCCUCAUCCAACCACAAAAUUAUUUGUGAAACUCUAUUCAAUUGUAUUAUUUGUUUA